AUGUCGGCGCUGCUGCCCUCAGCGGGGCUCCCUGGCACUGAGCGUGGAGCAGAGAAUGGGGAGAACUCGCGGUACAAGUCAUCCGGCUCCAGCGGUGAAGAGGAGCUGAACCCAGGCAAGAAGAAGCUAAGGAGGCAAAGGACUCACUUCACCAGCCAGCAGCUGCAGGAGCUGGAGGCCACCUUCCAGCGCAACCGCUACCCAGACAUGAACACCAGGGAGAAGAUCGCAGGCUGGACCAACCUGGCGGAACCCAGGAUCAGGGUCUGGUUUAAGAACCGCAGAGCCAAGUGGCGGAAGAAGGAGCGGCACCUGCAGACCGAGCUGUGCAAGGGGAGCUUUGGCUCCCAGCUGAACGCUCUGCCCAGGGGCCCGUAUGAAGACCUCUACCCCAGCUACUCCUACAACAGCUGGGCCCCCAAGGACUUCCAGGCCAGCCCCCUCCCUGGCAAAGGCUUCCAGCUCUUCAGUGCAGUGGAUUUCAAUUCCUUCUCCCCACAAGCCAUGUUCCCGGGGGUGUCAACAGCCUCCAUGCCCAGAAUCCCAGCCCUGGAGAACUUCAACAGCCUGGCCGGCCCUGCCAGGUCUCCCACCCCCACCUGUGGACCUGAAGAUUUGCCUUACAUGUACAGGGACCCCUGCAACGCAAGCCUGGCAGGGGUGAGACUCCAGGCAAAGCAGCCCCAGCCCCUUGGCCUCGAGGUCCUGCCACGCCCAGCCACGAGCCCCAGCUCCUGCCAGUACACACUGGACAGGCCCAUAUGAAGCGAACCCCAGAGCACCGGUACCAGCCUCCUCUUCAGACCGUACAGAGGGGUGGAGGGUUCUCUCACCAAGGACAGUGUGGAGGGAGGGGCGUUCCCCAGUUCUGGGACAGUGCCCUCCACUGCGCCAGAACUGCCCUCAAAGCCAAUGCACCCCACCUCCCUCUGCCAGUGCCUAGCUCAGGGAGCCCAGGGAGUGCCAAAGGCUAUGAGCAGCCCCAAAGAUUGUGGCUUAGCCCAAGACCUGUAGAUCUGGCCCCAGACAAAGCUCACUGCAGGCAAAGUGCAGCAAUCUGGGUUAAAUUACUGCGGAAAGCACCAUCUCAGAUCCCAAACAAGUAACAGACUCUUGGGAGGAGACAAAAUCCCCCUGUGAGAGGAGUGGAGGAGACCUGGAGAGGUCUGGACACAGGGCUAUGGGACUAGCCUGCUCGGCAGGCACAGGGUAGGGCAUGAAGCUGUUCUGACUGAGUUCUGCACUUGAUGGCAUUAUGAUCUUCAGCUCUUGCCAACGAAACAGAGAUUCCAGAGCUCAGGCUGU